CCGCGCAGAGGACAUCGCGAUGUCCGACGAGCCCGAGACCGUACCCCCCGCCGAGCCCGAGGCCGAGGCCGAGGCCCCCGCCGCCGAAGCCGAGACCGAGGCCGCGCCCGCGGAGGCGGAAGCUCCCGCCGCGGAGGAAGCCGCGCCCGAAGAAUCUCCCGCGCCCGCGGAGGACGCCGCGGCGGAAGAGCCCGCCGCGGCGGAAGAGCCCGCCGCGGCGGAAGAGCCCGCCGCGGCGGAAGAGCCCGCGGUGACCGAGGAUGCGCCCGCGGCGGAGGAUGCGCCCGCGGCCGAGGAUGCGCCCGCGGCCGAAGAAGCCCCCGCGGCCGAGGAUGAAGCCCCCGCGGCCGAGGAUGAAGCCCCCGCGGCCGAGGAUGAAGCCCCCGCGGCCGAGGAUGAAGCCCCCGCGGCCGAAGAAGCCCCCGCGGCGACCGAGGGCGACGCCGAGCCCGCGACGAAAAUCGACGCCCCCGACGACGUCGACCCUGAUGAAGACGCCGCCGCCGCGCCGGAGCCGACGCCGGAGCCGGAGCCCGCGGACGUCGAGUCCGAACCCGAACCCGACGUCGGGACGGAUGACGCGUUCAAGGAGAACGCCGCGCCUCCGUUCGAGCGCGCGAACGACGACCGCGCGCCCCCAGGGGAGCCUCUCUUCGCGAAGAAGCAGCCCGUGCACGCGUACCUCGCGUCCAACAUCCAGCUCGCGGUGCGACACGCGCUCCGGGCGCUGUCGUCGCAGCGACCGGAGGAGCCGUUCGCGCUCGCCGCCGACGUCAUCCGCGAGUGGACGCCGGAGGCGACGGCGCCGCGGUUAUCGAGACCCGCGGGAGGGAACUCCAUCGGCGCGAGGGAGUACCUCGAGAAGACGCAGAUCUUGAACGCGCUGCACGAGGGGAUGUGUCAGAUGGCGAAGAUACGGCCCGCGGAUCCGCGGCAGUUUCUCGCGGAUUACCUCCUCGACCACGCGCCGGCGCCGGAGUACGUGCAGCAGAUGGAACGGUUCGGGACGGAGGAGCAGCUCGCGAAGAUGGACGCGCUUCACGAGGGCGCGAGGGACGCGCUCGACGGGAUGGAAGCGUGAGCGAGCGAACGCGCGCGCCUGUAGGUUUACGGUAUCUAAUACGCACGCGACGAGAGUCGAAAC